AGGACCUUCGCACCGCGUAGUAAGGUUUUGCCUCAUCCGUAGGCGAAGGUUGCGUUUCUCCGCGCAUUUGGAUACUACACCAAACAAGUGUUUUUGGGUGGACGCAUGCCAUUUGGAUAUAUGCAUUUUUUAUUUCCUGAUAGAAUUAUAUUGAGCAAAAUCUUCUUGGUUUAUGUUUCCUGAGACGGCAAAGAAAUUUGGGCGCUGUACAAUGCCGUGGGACACGUAGUUCUUUGAAAACAUUUGUUUACGUCUCCCCGAGAUGACGCCCACUCCUGGCCCUAUCCCGGGCACCGUAGGCCAAGUGACUGCGGAGCUCCAAGAUUCCAGCUACCUGAUGGGUCCCAGGAAAAGCAUGACUGUUAGCACGAAGGGCCUACUGAACAUGCCCGGCCAAAAUAAUUGCUUCCUAAACAGUGCUGUGCAGGUUCUUUGGCAUUUGGACGCUUUUAGGAGAAGUUUUCGAGAACUCACUGGACAUGCUUGUAUGGCGGAAUCUUGUAUUUUCUGUGCUUUAAAGGAAUUAUUUACGCAGUUUCAGUACAGUCAAGAAUCAGCUUUGCCACCCGAUGCUUUGAGGCAUGCAUUGGCAAAGACUUUCUGUGAUCAAAGGAGAUUUCAGCUGGGUUUUAUGGACGAUGCUGCUGAAUGCUUUGAAAAUAUAUUGCUGAGGAUCCAUGUUCACAUAGCUAACCAGGAAGCUGAUGACAUGUGUGGAAAUGUCCACUGCAUACCACAUCAAAAGUUUGCUAUGACAUUGGUGGAGCAGCGUAUCUGCCAUAAAUGUGGAGCCACAUCGGAGCCUCUUCCAUUUACUCAGAUGGUACACUAUGUGACGACAUCUGCAUUAUGUGCUAAAGCCAUGGAGACUCAAGUACAAGAUUCAAAUGGUAGAUUAAACAACUCUUUUGGGAAAUUUUUAAGAUUGGCUGGAGAUAUGGGAGAAGUUCGAGAGUGCCCGAGUGGAUGUGGAUCAAAAAUUCAAGUGAAGAAAACUUUGAUGAACCAUCCUGAAGUUGUAAGCAUUGGUCUUAUUUGGGAUUCAGAGUGCCCCACUCUGCAACACAUCACAGAUGUCUUCCACAGCAUUGGGAUGUAUUUAUCUUUGCAAGAUAUGUUUCAUAACGUUUUCGAUAUUGAAUGGGCCAGUGCAACUAUGCUUCAAUUAGUUGGUGUAGUGACAUAUUACGGGAAGCAUUAUUCAACUUUCUUCUUCCACACCAAGCUGAGAGUCUGGAUUUAUUUUGAUGAUGCAACAGUUCGAGAGGUUGGGCCAAGUUGGGAACAAGUGGUUGAAAAAUGCCAGAGGGGGCGCUUUCAACCUCUUUUAUUACUAUUUGCAAACCCAGUCAGCUCUAAUGAUUAUGCAAAAAAAGAGCAUUCUGUUAUAAACGUCAACAAUCUGUCUGAUUCCACAAGUAACUGCACCCCUUUAAACCAAAGACAAGCUGUGAUAAGACAGUACUUAAUGUUGCAAAAUACCUACCAAGAAUCCAGUUCCAAAGCUUUAUAUGGACCCAUGAGAAAUGUAGAUAUUCACCCUAAUAAUAAUGCACAUCAAACAUAUUUGCAAAAUCCAUAUAGAAUGGAUCAAGGACAAGUUCCACACAGUGCCAACUAUUCCGUGAAUCCUGCAUUAUCUUACAGUAAUCAAACGUGGACAAUAAAUGCAAAAAGCAAUCAACCUCCACCAGUUUACAGUAAUCUGCAAUAUCUAAAUUCUUUACAACAUAAUCAAAAUCAGGUAGACUUAUCAAAGUUAAAUGAAGUCUCAUUACCAAUCGUUGAGGAAUUGCUAUCACCUAACACAAGGACUAACAUGAUUCCAACUGAUGCACAACAGUAUGAAGCCUUGAAUACAUAUGAAAUGCAAAAUAAAGAUAAAAAUUAUUUUGAUUGUGCUAAAGACAGUGACUCUGCCUUUACAGAAGAUGAUCCAGAAGGCAAUGAUAUGUAUAUUAGCAGGAAAACUGUUGAGAAUGUACUAAAUCAGCAAAAGAGACAAAUGUCACUGAGCCGAUCGUACAGCCAAGGUUCAGUAGGCAACAGGAACAGCAGUAGUAGCUUGGAGUCUUUUGACAAUCAAGCAUGCAAGUUGAAUGCAGUUAAAAAUCCAGUUCUAGAAAAUAUAUCCAGCAGAAGAGACUCCGGCUCUUGGAGCAGUGAUCGCAACAGUUCCUCGAGCAACAAUUCGGUGGAGAAUCCAUUCCUGACGGUUGUUGCCUCAAAAAGGUUACUACUUGGCUUGAACAAGAAGGGUCAGGUUCCUGAUUAUUCAAACACAAAUACUUCAGAUCAUGGAUACGAUUCAUACUCUGUGUCCAGUUCUGACAGUUAUCCCUCAGUAAACGGCUCUCCUGUAAAGCUCGACCCGAGAUUAACGCAAAUACCAGAAGAUUGGCAGCCCGAAGAUGAUAAUGAUUUAGAUCAGAAAUUAAAACUUGUUCUGAAGCUCCUUCAGGUCCUCCCGAACUGUGAUAAACUGUGUGCUGAAGCAGAUCUUCUUUUAGCAAAAUCACAUGAAAAAGAAAAAGAUGGAGAUCUAGUUAUGGCUGCAUUACUUAGCGACUCUGCUGCUGCUCGAGCAAGAGCAGCAAUGGAAGCUCCAUACAACAAUUCCCGUUCAUUAGUAAGUGCAAAAAUGAAGCACAGUACGUGUGUUAUGAGGUCUUCCAAUUUAUAUCGGAGAUUGAAAGAUCAUGAAAUGGAAGAAAGGCGGAAACAGAAAGGACACACCGGACACCACAGUCGGCAAUCGAGUAGAGACAGCACUCAUUCGAGACACAGUCGACAAGGGAGUAAAGACAGUACUCACUCAAAAUCCGGAAGCAAGGACAGUAAUCCAAAUUCUGAUGAUACCGAAAAUUUCGGAAAAAGCAUCGAAAUAUACGGCACACUGCCAAAGAAAGGUAGCCGUAAGAAAAGCUCUACUCCUACUGGCUCGCUCAAAGUUAAAGAUGAUCAGGUGUAUAAAGACUUCUUAGAUAAGCAAAGGAAAAAUACUAAUCUUUCAAAUGCUCUGAAUGAAACAAUGUUAAAAAAUGUGGAUGUUCCGCAGACGCGUACUGAUAGCAAUUCAAAAAUAAAAAAUACUGCAAAUGGAGAGAAACCCCAUAGAAAAAGUUAUCCCGAAGGACCUCAAAAACUGCCCACUCGAAAAAAAGAUUCCUCCGCAAAGAGCGAUCCAGAAACCAGGAGAAAAUCUCCAAAACAACAAUUUCCUGAACAAACUGUUUCAUCAUCCCCGAUAGAAACUAUGACGAGUGGAACUGAGAUGAAUAGUAAGGACUUGCUGUCACCAGUCACUUCUCCAGACAAGAAACAGCACAAAAUAAAGCGAAAAUUAAUGGGUGGUUUCAUGAAGCGUAAGAAUAGAAGUUUACCAGAUCUCCGAGAAGACCAAGAUUUAUCGGAUCCAAUGGAUCGCUUUCUAGAUGAUGCAAUAAUCCAAGUUCCUUCGACCAUGAUGCUGCCAAAUGGAAAAUCGAAGAAAAUCGAAAAUCAAGGCGAUGCCAGUAUAGGCAAUAUCACUCGUGGUUUCCACCAGCCACAUCAUGCUUUUGUGAAAAAAGAUUUAACGCAGCGGCCAUUGUUAAUGAAAGUUAAUCCACCAAAUGUACAGCCUGCCAUCUUAUCAAAUCCUAAAACAAAGUUAGUCCAUACACUGCCAUCGUUACCUAAAAAAGUACAAGACGGAAAUAUCAAACUAGACUCCAAUUCUAAUACAAAUAUAAAGCCAUCUAAAAUACCUUUCAUCUCAACCCUUCCAAAAAAUGAUUCGGGAAAUCUACCACCAAUAUCAUCACCCAAAAUGAGUGAUGUAAAAUGUCCAAUAAAACCUGCAUUAUCUCACAAAGCAUCUGCAAUACCAGUUCUAAGUCCACAAAUUCCAUUGUCUCCUAUAAAAUAUCCACAUCCCAAGGAAGAUAUAGAACCUAUCAGUAAUCCUUUGAGUCCGGCUGCAGAUCAUCAGCUAAAUGAGAUAGAUGAACUGCCCCAGCCAUCGAAUCCAUUUCUCGCAGAACUGCAAGCAAAAAGAAAGCAAGUUUUAAAUAGAUCGCAACAAAAACAAGAUGUUACGGAAAAAGUUCAGUCUUCUUCUAGUACAUGUGCAGAGCCAAACGAAAUUAAAGAAUUAUCAAUGCUUCCAAAAUUAGCAUUGCACGCAGAAGGCACAUCUUGGUUAAAAGAACUCCAAUCUAAACAGCAGCAAAUUCUUCAGAAGCAAGAUAAUACGGCAUUGUCAAAACAAGUCAGCAUUUUGGACAGGCAGCCAAUGAAGACUAUAGUCAAAGGUAAUGAGAUUAUAACAGAAAAUGCAGUCAAACCUAUUGCAAAGAAUUGGAAGCUUCACUCAGAAAAUGCUUCUGCUACAGAUGUUGCAAGCUCUCCAAAUACAGAAUCCAGUACCGCCAGCAAAACUUCAGGCAGUGUCAAAGAUCUUGCUUCAAGAUUUGAAAAGGUUUUAAUAAAACCCAAGGAAAGGAUUCAGAGUACAUUUCUAGAAGGAAAUAGUACAGAACAAUCUGGUAUUCAACCUAACUCCCAGAAACAAAGUGUUCCUCCACAAUAUGCAGAAAUAGAACAGAAAAUCAAAGUUGUAGAAGUUGAAAGAAACACAGUUUCUGCAAGUUACUGUGAUAUAAAAGAUGGUGCUAGUAGUCCUCUUUCAUUAAAAUCUGCUCUGAAAUUUAAAAUUGAUCAUGAGCAAGAGAAUGAAAGUAAGAACUCAGAAGUUCAAAAAAGUGCACUUAAUUCGGGCAGUGCUGCAUUGCCAGUUAAUGAGGCAAAAACUAUUAAAUCAGUUUUGAAACAAAGCAAGUGUCAAAAUUCAGAUUUUGAAACUUCCAACUGUGCAACUAUCAUACCAUGCAGACCUAUGCAACCACCAGAUUAUGCAACUGCAAUGCAAAGGCUAGAACUCAUUCGAACUUCACCAAAUGAUGUGAACCGGCAACAAACAGAACACAGUAGCCAAGUACUGAAUAAAUUGCCAGAAUCUCCAAAGAAGAAGCAAGGACCCAAAAAAACAGUAACCUUCUCUGAUGAAGUUGUUUUAGUAGCAUGUGCAGAGUACGAUGAAAUUGAUUUUUCAUCGAAUCCGCUAUUUGAAAGAAUCUAUCAGCAACACGUGGAAGCCGGGAAGGGAGAAAUUCCAAUACUAAGUACGACUUACGGAAAUGCAGCCACAAAAAGUAAGACUGAUGAUUCUGGGAUAACUUCCAACAUCGGGAACAUUAAUCUGACAUCUCCUUGUAAUUUGUGCCACACUAAGAAUGUUAUCCCACCAAACACAUACUGCACGGACUGUGAAUUUUACUUAUCACGUUUUAAGCCAUAAAAUAUGCAGUUUCUGAAGAUUCUCUGCAAAGAAACUAAGAAUUUAAAAAACAAAUCCUAAAAAUGUGUACUGUGAUAAGAAUUCAACGCACAAGUUAUUUUUGGAGAUAUAGGUUGUCACAAAUUAAGUAAAUUGUGCUAUAUAUGUUUUCGUGAAUGUCCAUGAAGUUUUCUAGAAUGUUGAUAGCAUCCAGAAGAAUCUGCAGCUCAUGCAUAGUGAUAAUGAAAAUUAAUUUAUGUCCUUUAAUUUCAUCUUGUGAUGACUUGUUUUAAUUUGAUCUCAGUGUUCAAAAGUGUACUUCCAUUAGUAUAUAACUCCAUACUAACAUUCCAUUACUGUACAGUUAAGUUCAUCUCUAUUUUGCACUGCAAAUGUUGUUAUUCAGAAUAUUUUCCUAUUACCUGUGCCAAAGAAAGACUGAGAUGUACAGUAUUUUUAACUGUAAUGUUUGUCCAGCUUGAGCAUGUUUUUAAUUAGUGCCUUAAUGCUGUUAAAUGCUCCUAAGCAUACAUGUAAUAAAUUUUGAAACAUA